AUGGCUGGACAAUUUAAAGGCAAACGCCUCUGUGAGGCCGCCCCCAUGUUCGAUGAACCUCGACCAAUCCUUCGCUCGAUGCCCUCGGGCCACCUUCUACUCUUGGAGCCUGGAGGGUACAUGCAGAAAAGCCCGUUGCCCAUGGGAGACGGUCAUAGUGAGCGCAGUCAAUUCUUCGAAGCUGAAAAGCCACGACAAUGGACUCAAACCGACCAGGACGAGACUGAUGCAGAGACAAAGAGGAGGAUCAUGAAGGACCUUGUCAAUUCGUGGAUGGACCGACUCCAGCUGAUCAGUGUGAUCACUACGUUCUUUGCUGCAACCGAAGCACAACUUCUUGGAUUCGCUACGCCGGAUGUGGGCGAACAUACAUCGCUCAUACAGCACGCUGCCACGACCAUCCUCGCGGGUGCGCUCGUCGUGCACCUCUUUGCAGCCAUCCUCUCUUUCCUCGCUGCGUUUUUCCUGAUUCGCUACCGCCUUAAGGAAGCCAAACGCGCGGAGGACGUGAUCGAGAGUGGGCCUCCACAGCCUACACCUCAUACCUCUCCCUUCGCGACGCCGCCCCAACCACCGGCCAAGUUGCAGACCCAGUCAACGAACGCGCCCGCCGGCAUCUGGUCAACAAGCCCCCAUCUCGAGCAGGUCGGGCCUUUCAGCCGCAGUAAACCGCCCACGUCUCUGCUCGAGCACUGCCAUUCACUCUGCAUGUGGCUCGCCGCGGUCGGCUUCGUGCUCGCGCUCGCUGGCGUGUUGUGUUACUCGUGGUCGCGUUUGCCACGGAGCGCAAGCAUAUUGUCGUCGGUCUGUAUGGGAGUGUGCAUCGUUCUGGGUAUCGGGGCCGUUUUCAUACAGUUCUAA